CGGUUGCUAGGAGGCGGGACGCCGCGGGCCGCGGGCGAGUGGCCAUGGAGCCCGGGAAGAGAAGGACCAGAGAUGACACCUGGAAAGCAGACGAGCUCAGGAGGCACCUGGUGGGCGCACUGGCAGGGGCCGCCAGGGACGAGAAGAAGCCCCGGGAGAAGAAGCUGCGCAGGGAGGCAGAGCCCGACGUUCCCGACGGCAGGGAGCGGGCCCGGGACCCCUCGCGGGACCCCGCGCCCCGCGACAGGACGGUGGAGCGGGCUGGCCAGCCCUCCCGCGAGCACCUCCGUGGGGACAGAGACAGAGACAAGCCCAAGGAGAGGAGGAAGGACGGCAGGGAGCGGGACAGGGAGAGGACCAGGGACAAGGCCCGCGAGGCGGAAGCGGACAAGGCGCAGAGCCGCGGGAAGGAGCGCGAGCGCAGGCCCAGGAAGGAGGAGCCGCGGCCCCACCACACGCCCGGCCGCCCGCCCGAGCACCGCGCCCCUGCAGCAGCGAAAGUGAGGAUCGAAGAGAAGGAGAGAAGAGACCAGGAGCCCGAGAGGGAUGAAGAGCGAGCAAGGCGGUACCGGGAGCGGAAGCUGCAGUACGGGGACAGCAGAGACAACCCCCUCAAGUACUGGCUGUACAAGGAGGAAGGCGAGCGCAGGCAUCACCGGCACCGAGAGCCCGACCGAGAGAGGAGGCACCGGGACAAGAGCAGCGCGAGGGAGAGGCGCGACAGGCACUCCUGGGAGCAGAGCGGCUCCUUCUCCGACAAGGAGGGCGACGAGCGGCACCGGGACAGGCGGCACCGGGACAGCCUCCGGCCCGAGGAGGAGCCACGCCGCGGCGGGGAGAGGAGGGAGAAGCCUCGGAAGGAGGAGCACAGGAAGAGGGAGGCCACGAAUGGUGAACACAGAAAUCGGGGUACAAGCUCGAAGCGAGACGGGACUGGCGGCCAGCACGCGGAGGGCUCGGCCAGCAGUGACGGGAAAGACCGAGACCCCAGGGGGAAGGAAAUCGAAAAGGAGGGCACCGAGGCAGAGAGGGCGGAGGCUGAGGAAUGCAUAGCAAGCUUCGAGGAUGAUUUUGAAGAUUAUGAAGAUGACUUUGAGGUCUGUGAUGGGGAGGACGACGACGGUGCUAAUGAGCCGGAGCUCAAAGAGGACACUGAGGACCUUCCCCCGGCCAGAAAAAAGGAGAUUCAAGAAAUCCAGAAAGCUAUUAACGCAGAGAACGAGAGGAUCGGCGAGUUGUCUUCCAGGCUGCUGGGGAAGCAAGGUCCAGCAGAGCGUGAGUGGGAGCCGGGGGCAGGCGCAGACAGUUCCCCCUCCAGAGCUCCUGCUUGUGGGAUUUUUGUGGAUUUUGCCACCGCCUCGCAUCGUCAGAAGAGCCGGACUCAGGCCCUCAAGCAAAAGACGCGCAGCACAAAGCUGCUCCGGCUGGUCGACUUGGACUUCUCCUUCACUCUCGCCCUCCUGGACCUGCCGCCCGUGAGCGAGUAUGACAUGUACAUCAGGAACUUCGGGAGGAAGAACACCAAGCAGGCCUACGUCCAGUGUAACGAGGACAGCGUGGAGAGAGACGCCCAGACCGAGGAGGUGGAGACCCGGUCGGUGUGGACGCAGCACCCCGGGGAAGGCGCCGCCGUGUGUGGGGGUGGCGAGAGUGGAGAUGCGCUGGACGCCACGGCUGCCCCCAAGAUCGACACGCCCCGGCUGGCGGCCUUCCUGCGAGCGGCCUGCCAGGUGGUGGCAGUGCUGCUGGAGGAGGACCGCAUGGCCGUGGCCGGAGAGCCCGACUGGAGCCCAGGGGCCCACACGCUGCCCCUCAGCGACAGCUCCUCGGCGCUGAACACCAGCCUGCCCUUCCUGCAGGGUCGGGCCGUGCGCUGCCUGCACGCCUCUCCCGUCCAGCGGCAGACGGUGGUGUCCGUGCAUGGCCCGGCCCCUGGCACGCCCGCACAGCCGCUGGACAGCCGGUGCCUGCUGUGCGUGUGGGACGUCUGGCAGCCGUCUGCACCCCAGAAGGUCCUCGUGUGUGAGUCGCAGGUGACCUGCUGUUGCGUCAGCCCCUCCACGGCCUUCCUGCUGUUCGCGGGCACGGAGCAUGGCUCAGUGCUCGUGUGGGACCUCAGGGAGGACGCACGGCUGCACCGCUUCUUGCGGCUGGACGAUGGCUUCUGGACCCUGCGGACGGCCACGUUCUCCACCGAUGGCGUCCUGACACCCGUGAACCACCGAAGUCCCCUGCAGGCCAUCGAACCUGUGUCCACGUCCGUCUACAAAAAGCAGAGUUUCGUCCUCUCUCCCUUUUCCCCGCGAGAAGAGAUGUCAGGCUUGUCCUUCCAUGUUGCAUCCCUGGACGAAAGCGGUGUCCUCAACGUGUGGGUGGUGGUUGAAUUGCCCAGGGCAGACGCCGCGGGGUCGACAAGCGACUUAGGUCUGAUCCCUGGAGGGAGGAUCAAACUCGUCCACAGCGCCGCAAUCCAGCUGAGUGACAGCCUCUGCCGCGGGGCCCUGGAGUCCUGGGGAACCAUGCAGACGCUGACCGUCAAGUUCUCGCCCUCCGACCCCAACCACUUCGUCGUCGGCACCGACGUGGGCCUCGUCGGCCAUGGCACCCGGCAGGACGUGGGCGCGUCCCCCCGGCUGUUCAAGCCCCGGCAGCCAGGCGCGCGGCCAGUGAGGGUCAACGCCAUCGACUUCUCUCCCUUCGGAGAGCCGGUGUUCCUGGCCGGCUGUUCCGACGGGAGCGUCCGCCUGCACCGGCUGGCCGCCCAGCGCCCGCUCCUGCAGUGGGAUGGCAGCACGGGUGGCCGCGCCGUCACUGGCCUGCACUGGUCCCGCACGCGGCCGGCCGUGUUCCUGGUGCAGGAUGACGCGUCCUGCAUUUACGUUUGGGACCUCCUGGCAAGUGACCUGGGCCCCGUGGCCAAGCAGCCCGUCUCUCCAGACAGGCUGGUGGCCAUGGCCGUCCUGGGAGAGCCCGACAGGGCCGGGGGCAGUUUCCUGGCCCUGGUGCUGGCCAGAGCCUCCGGCAGCGUGGACGUCCAGUACCUGAAGAGGCAGUGGGCAGUGCCGGUGGGGGACGAGCAGCAGCAGCUGCAGCGAGUGCUGCGGGAGGCACUGUAGGAGGUGCCGGCGCUGGUGGGCCGGCCCGUGUUCUGUAUAUAACGUUUUACAACAAAGCCACUUCAAUAAAUGACUAUUUUUGGAUGGACGCAAACAUCUCUGCGUGUCCUGCAUCUUCUGGAACAUUUCUCCUUAUUUCGGACUUUAAAAC